CUGAGUUGUUACUUUUUCAUGUGAAGACACAAACACAGAAUGAAGAUUGUUGCUGUUUUGUUUUUGCUGUGCUGUGGUUGGUCUGGAAUCAACGGAGACAACAAUCUAAGUGAGAAUGACAUUAAUCAUGAAGGUCUGCACAACAGAAAUGGCAACACAGGGAACCAGACACCGGAAGACAGAUUUGAGGAGGCAACACCAUCAUCCUCUACCAAAUGCAUCUGCCAAGCUGACAUCCAUGCCGUGUUGAGGGAGAUGAGUGCUGUGCUGGCUGAACAGAGGGUUGAGCUCAGGAACACAAUGACAGACCUGGAGAAGCUGAGGACAACAUAUGAGGCUCAGUCCGUCCACCUAAAUGCAGCUAUGGAAGAACUGAAACAAGAAAAUAAAGAACAAGCUGCUCAGCUGAGAGCCAUGAAAGCCUGGUCCAACAGCACUGAGAUGAAAGUCACAGACCUGGAGAGAGAGAAUCGAGAGAGGAAGGUAGCCUUUUCAGCUGCAAUUUUGGAGUCUGACCAUAAAAACACAGGACCCUUUAACACUGGAGUCACUUUGGUCUAUAGACAUGUCUUUACAAACAUUGGCAAUGCUUACAACCCAAGCACAGGCAUCUUCACAGCACCAGUAAGAGGAGUCUAUCAGUUCGACUUCAAGGUGUAUGGUCCUGGUAGCAGCAGAAACCCAUCAGGAGUGACACUACAGAGAAAUGGACAGCAUGUUCUCAUUGCUUAUGUUCACCAAACAGCUGGGAGUGUCCACAGCUCUAACGGAGUGUCUCAGCUGCUAGAGGUGGGAGAUGCGGUCUAUGUGCAACUCUACCCUGGUGCAUGGAUACAUGAUAAUGGAAAUCAUUAUAACACCUUUAGUGGCCACCUGCUUUUCCCAAUGUGACAGGUGAAUAAAAUGGAGAUUUGACUUAUUUUGUUAAUUUUCCUCUGCUGGCAAUGUGGUGGAGUAGAUAUGUAUAUUAUAUGUUUAAUGGUUUAACGUUUUAUCGAAAAGCAAAUCAAACCAUGACAAAUAAAAUAUGUCCUCAAAC